UAGAACUGCAUCAAAUGAGAUUCCGUUAAUUCUGCAGAACGUCUUAUCUGUUUGGUGUGUCGCCGAGCCUUGACUUCUGACAGAUAUGAUAUAAUCUGUGUUCAUCAUCGUCAAUGGAUUUCAUUCCUGGAGUUUUUCUUCUAAUUGUUUUAACUCAAUAUGGAGUUAUUUGCAGUCAACACAAUAUCAAGAGGUUCCUCUUUGAUCCGACAACAGUGCCGACCACGCCCGACCCCGUGUUCCUGAUGACCGAGGUGAAGUACCUACACGAACAGCUCCACGAACUCAGCGACAAGAACAUAGAACUCUCGGUACACAACUCGCUGCUCUCCUCGGAGCUGCGGCACCAAAAAGACCUGGUACAGGCCUUGAAGACUAAUAUAACAACGCUAGAAACCACGAACAGUAAAGAGAAAGGUGUCUUGAAUGAUAAGAUUCAUGAAUUGCAAACUAAGGUGAACGAGUCGAGUUCUCUUGUGAUACAACUGACAAACAAUUUAACCAGUUGUGCCCUACAAAGAAAUCAACUUGAAGAAACUCUAAAUACAUCCAAUGCUGAAAUAGACUUAUUAAAGAAACAACUGAACGACUCAGUUGCAAACCAAACCCACGCGGCACUAAUGGCAGGACUACAAGCUAAUAUUUCACGCAUCCAGAAGGAUUGUGAUCACCAAAACAUUACCUCUAUUGACAAAAUAAAUCUUCUACAAGAUCAGCUGAACAGAUCGACUUCGCUGAUUGGAAAUCUUGAGGCCAAUUUGACCACGUGCACCAAAAGCAAUGAGCAGAGAGAAGCAGCACUCCACGUCUCUCGCCAGAGAAAUAAGCUUCUAGAGACACAGUUGAAUAACACAAGAAAGGAGCUAAACAUUCGGAACAGUGAUUUAGACCAGUGUCAACAAAUGGCCUUGGCAAUGUCUACAAAUAUUGCCAAUUUGCAGACGUUUUCAAAUGGUUCCACACCUUGUCUUAAUACUGCAGAUUGUGGUUUGGACUUGGUGUUUCUUGUGGACCAGUCCGGAAGUGUUGGGAGUGACAAUUUUGAAAUGUUGAAGGACUACAUCUUUAAGACCAUUCAAUUCCUGAACAUCGGUCCACACUCCGAUCAGGUCGGCGUGGUGACAUACGCGACCUUACCGCAGUUGGAGUUCACUCUCAAUACCUACCCUCAUCAACUCUCCUUGUUAAAAGCUGUUCAGAAUAUAUCGUAUAACCAUCCAGGCCUUACCAUGACAGCAAGCGGCCUUCAAUUCGUAAGGGAAAAUCUGUUUAACGUCACUAAUGGUGAUCGACCCGGGCAUCCGAACGUGCUAGUCCUCUUAACCGAUGGGCGUCCUAUGAAUUCUAUUCACGCCACUCUGGAGGCUGAAAAACUUAAAAAUCAGAGUGUUGAAAUUUUUGUUAUAGGUAUUUCGAAAAAUUUCAACAGACAGGAUUCGCUUGAUAUUGCGACAGAUUCUAACCAUGUUCUAAGUUUGGCUGAUUUCGGAACUCUUCAUAAUCCAACAUUUGUCUUGGAUUUCUUAAGAAAGCUUAUGAAUGUUUGCAAAAAUUAAAGAGCUGAUCAAUGAGAAUUAAAAUACAGAUAAAUAA